GACGAGCUGUAAAAUCAAAUAGGAAGGGAAAAAACUCGACAUUUCUGAUUUCCUCCUCAGUCCUCUCAUUGUUCUGUUUUCGAAAAACCCUAACUCAUUUUCUUACCUCCGCCUCCAUUGCUGCUCUGCUUUAGCCUCAUCGUCUGCCUCCUCUUCUCCUCUUCACUCUUCUGCUUCCGCCACUUCCUCUAGGCUCUGCUCUAGCCUCUUCCGCCUCCUCCUCCCCUCUUCACUCUUCGGUUGGGACUGUACAAAGCACUUAUUUUAUUCUGGAUCCGCCACUGUUCCCCAAGGCAGUACCCACUUUGUCUUCCCCAAACGCCAGCGGCUGACAUUCACGACACGGCUCCACCUUCACUCCGCCGUUCUUUGUUGUUUCAGAAAUGGGAUGGAAGGCAGCUCAAAAACUCAUUAGGAAUUGGAAAAUCUUGAGAGGUGAUAAUGUGAUGAUAAUCAGGGGCAAAGAUAAAGGUGAAGCUGGUAUCGUCAAACGCGUUAUUCGAUCUCAGAAUCGUGUCAUUGUUGAUGGCAAAAAUCUUGUUAAAAAACACAUUAAACAAGGACAAGGCCAUGAAGGUGGCAUUUUUACAGUCGAAGCCCCAUUGCAUGUCUCAAAUGUACAAGUUGUCGAUCCAGUUACCGGAAAACCUUGCAAGGUAGGAGUUAGAUAUCUAGAGGAUGGUACAAAGGUCAGAAUUGCAAGAGGUAUAGGAGCAUCAGGGUCGAUAAUCCCUCGCCCUGAAAUUUUGAAGAUAAGGACCACACCGAGGCCUACUGAACCUGGCCCUAAGGAUACACCAAUGGACUUCGUGCUUCAGAAGACAUAUGAUAAGAAAACUGGAAUGGGCAUGCCUGACCUGUGAGGACUCAAAGUCCUUUCGUAUAACUAGUUCAGCUAGGCGGCUUAGAUGGCAAAUGGAUUGGCUCUAUGACAUACUAAAUGUGGACAUGAUUUUUAUAUGCUGAUGGAGUAGCAUUUGUAUUACCCCUCCUGAUACGUUUAUUAUUCAUGGUUUCAAGUUAUAUAAGGUUGGAUGUACCGUGCCUACACAGUACACUAAUAAAUUUAUAGGACUGAAUUGUUGCAGAAUGUAUGAUCGGAUUGUGUACUAUGCUCAGAAUUACCUAUCUUGUGUGUA